AUGAACUACUACGACCCGAACGCUGGUUCUCUCCCCGCGCUUCGUCCGGCCGCUCUCGACGCAGACGCAGGGGUCGAAGGGCAGCAAGCUGGAGCAGAGGGGACGGUGGCUGCGCCGAGGAAGAUUGAGGAGCACGAGGUCGAAACGUACAAAGAGCAGGAUCGCUAUCUGCCAAUCGCCAAUGUCGGGCGAAUCAUGAAGAAGUGCCUCCCCGAGACGACCAAGGUCAGCAAGGACGCCAAAGAGUGCGUCCAGGAGUGCACGUCCGAGUUCAUCAGCUUCAUCACGUCCGAGGCGGCCGAGCGGUGUCUCGUCGAGAAGCGCAAGACGAUCAACGGCGAGGACAUCCUGUUUGCGAUGGCGACGCUCGGGUUCGACUCGUACGCGGAAGUCCUCAAGGUCUACCUCGCCAAGUACCGCGAACAACAACGAGCGUCCGGCAAGCGGGCCCAGAAGCGGGCGGCGAAGGCCGCAGCUGCCGCCGCCAGCACCUCGGCGGCACAACCUGCACCGUUUGCCGAAGCAGGUGCAGUCGACUACGACGAUGAUCUCGGAGGACUCGCCGAGUCGGGCGAGGACGGCCUUUGA